AAAGCAGGUUUGAAAAAUUGCUCAAAUCACAACUCCUCAACCCACAGCAUUCGGUUUCAUUCCCCAUUUAUAUAACUACUGCAAGUUUUAAACCAAUGGAUUCUUUGAUAAUUACUGAUUAAGACUUAAUCUCAAUAUUCCCUUCCCCAAAAAUGGAUUCAGCCCUCAAAUUCUUUCCAUUGUUCAGCUGUUUGCUUUUAUUUCUGCCAGUUGCUAAAACUAGCUCACACCAUAGCGGCUUAGUAUUCAGCAAAUGUGCAAACCAAACACACACAGCUUCCACUGAGUCUCACUCGCAAAUUCUAUCUUCUCUCUUUCAUGAACUCUCUCUUCAAUCCUCUGGUUCCAAGUUCUUUAAAGCCACCGCCGGCGAUGAUACAAUUGGAGUCUCCGGUUUCUUUCAAUGUAGAGGUGAUCUCGGUGGCAAUGAAUGCUACGACUGUGUAAACUCACUUCCUCAGGUAUUAAACAACACGUGUAAACAAGCAGUAGCUGCCAGAGUUCAACUUAAUGGGUGCUAUUUUCACUAUGAAACUGAUGGGUUCGAGCUCUACGGCGGCGACGAUAUGGCCCUUAAACAUGAAUUGCUUCAUGGAACUUGCAGCGAGAAGAAGGCAGUGGACGGUGGUUUUGUAGAGGUGAGAGAUGCAGCUUUCGUCGCAAUGGAAAGUGAAGGGAUGAGUAUUAAUGGAUUCUAUGAAGCCGAUUAUGAAUACGUGCAAGUAAUGGCACAGUGUGAAGGUGAUUUAUGGGGCUGUGAUUGCAGUGAAUGUGUAGGAAUUGCAGUAGAAAUUGCUCGGGAGGAUUGUGGCAGCUCAGUUUCAGGCAAAGUUUACUUGGACAAUUGCUUUUUGAGCUAUGGUUAUAAUUCACAUGGGAAGCCAGGCAAUUUAUACCCAGAAGAAGAUGAACAUGGAAAUAAUACAGGGAAAAAGGUGGCGAUUGUUUUGGGAGCAGCAGCAGCAGCAUUGAGUGGUGGGUUUAUAUUUCUGAAGCUCAUGAAAUCUAGAUGUGGGAAAGAUGAUGAUGUAUAGGGGAAAACUUGUCUCAACUAUGAAUCUAAAAUACACCUAAGUGAAAUUUUCUUAUGAAAAAAUUAAAUGAAACUCACUUUUCAUAAAAAAA